AAGAGCUUCAAGAGGGGUUGAAUUGGGCGAUCCAAUAGCGAGGUGAAGUGUUACCGAGAUCUUGACUGUCGUCUGCGCUUGUACAAACUGCACAGGCAUAUUUGAAUGAAGUGGGUCGAACGGCUCAAACUUUUUGAAAACCAGAAAUGACAACGGGAGCUAAACAAUUCAGAAAUCAAAAUGUUUUUAGCCCCGAUAUCACAUGCUGUAGAUGCAACGUAUACCACCUUGGCAACCUUGACCGCAUGUCCAGUAACGCCUGUUACAGAUCACGUAAAAAAGCCAAAACGGAUAAGGACAAGUUACACGGAGACACAAAUCAAUGAGUUUGAGAAAAUCUUUGUCAACAACCAAUAUCCAUCUCGAAAGUUGAUGGACAAACUCUCAAAUACCUUAGACAUUCCUGUCGAGAGGAUGAGGACAUGGUUUCAGAAUAGAAGAUCAAGACAAAAAAAAGUUAGACAAAGCAAAAUCUCAAAACAUCCACUGACAACUGCCUACUCUCACACAGACACCUUCCCAGAGGACAUGGAUCCAUCCUUCCACUGCCUGGGAGGGACAGCCAUGGCGGUGCCCAGUGGGGCAGAUGAGAUGAACCAUUGGUUGUACGCCCACACAACCUACACACCCACUACUAACCAGGCAUGCAUGAACUGUGACAGUCGGACAGUGUACUCCACUCUCUACCACCACCCAGUGAUGACACCUGGAGUGGUCAGAUCUCCCAGUGAACAACUGGAUAACUACCCAAGGUCAUCAAACAGAGGCUGCUAUAUUGGAAACCAGCCUUGCUAUGCAAAUCAAAGCUGCAUGCAAUUGGCCACGCCUACUGCCAUGGGUUACAAUUUCCAACAACCAAUAAGCCAUCCGAACACACCUCAAUUUGGUAUGAACUUGUCACCACAUAAUCUGGGGAAUGUUGAUGUCAGCCCGAGCCCUGCAGGGCCCUUGUCUGGCCAACAGAUAGGAGGGUAUGACAACGACAAACCCCACAGUGCUAACAAUGUAUACUCACAUGUUUGGAAUAGAAACACACACAGUGCUUACAAUGACCCAAUGUGUUCAGUCAGUGCUAGUAACAGUUCCUCUGUUUUUCCAGAUAAUAACAUCAAUGCCAUGUACAACUUGUUAGUAAAUGUUGGACAGCUUCAGUUGUCAUCGUAUCACAUGCAAGUUAACGCCAAUGCCACACUAUGUGAGCAGUCAUGUGGCGAUUUGGAUGACGAUGUUGUUCACAGGCUAGGAUCCAGAUGUCAGAGUGUGGAUGGAAACUCAUUUGUGACUCCUCAAUCCUGCAAUCCAAUGGAAUCACAGCAUGUGGUACAGACUGCCUGUUACACCCCGCCCCCUCAGUUAACAGAAUCCCCUGGGAGUCAUUCCAGUGUCCACCCUUGGCAGGCCACCAGUAGUAGGGACUUAAGAUCAUGGAACUACAACCGUCUCUUGUUCAGCUCACAGCCCUCUCCAGUAGGCUCCCUACAGAUUCAAGAAGAGGUCAACUUCAACAGAUGUAGAGAUGAAAUGCCAAAUUCAAGGUUGAACUUGGGAUGCAAACAAUAUUUUAGACCUUUAGGGGAAACAAACCUCAAUUUUAUUUGGGCAAGCAACAACAACAUCGGUCAUUCUGCUAGGUCGACUGAUGAUGACACUUGGUCAACAAUAAACUCCCAGGACUCCGACACUGAAUCCCUCGAGUCGUUUGGAAGUGGCCAAUGUAUUCAGCAGAUAGACAUGACAGCCAGUCUGCUGCCUGAGUUUAGUCCAUAUGGUCCAAUGUCUCCAGACAGUUUCCGUUGUGACACUCCACACCUUGAUCUGAUGCAUGGAUUAGUAAAAGAACAAAUGCUCUGUUCUUAUGGUGUUUCUGAUAAAUGCUGACAAAUUUAUAUUAUGUGACAUAUACUUGACUGGUCAUUAUAGGGUUAGUCAUUAUAUGUACAUUAGUAAUCAUCUUGAUUUGUUCUUUCAUUCAAAGUCAUCAGUAACGACGUGCGUGUCGGUAUUCGGGUGUUCAAGGUCACUGGUAAUGCCGUUUCUGUUUAGGGAAAUCAGAUAUUAGUAGUGCUGUAUGAAAUCAAAGUCAAUGUUUCGGGGACUCUAGCUCUGUGGUAAUUUUAUGGGGAGGAAUUCAAGUGCAGCCUUAAUAUUGAUGUUUUUGGGAGGGGCAAAGUCAAUGUUGAUGUUAUUGUUGGGAGGAUCGAGGUCAGCAGUGAAGCAUGUUAAGAUAAGUGCUAAUAUUUGGGUAAGAACGUUGUAAUGUUACAGUAAAGUUACAAGUGGCUUGUAAUGUUUGGGGGGGUUGCAUUGGGAAUGUUGUUGG